AUGUACCUCGAUCUGGAACCAUUAAUCAUUAGCGCCGCGUCACGUUUUGGCAAAGACGGGACGGCAGCGAACAUGGUACAGCUGACUCAAAUCAGGACCGAGUGCAAUCCUCGCCGGACCACGCCGUAUCUGCACGAACCUGGCACUCCUCCUCCCGAUCGACCCAGGCACCGCCGCGCCACAACCCUGACCAUCGAAUUCGUCACCACGCGGCCGCAAUCGCUGCCGCGACCUGGUGUCCUUGCGGCCCUUGAGCUUGGACGCCGUCGCCCGGCCGCCUCGCUCCUCUCGGUGGGCCGCGUCUCGAUGGCCGCCGAUCGGCGGCCAUCGGACUCCGGCGCCGCUUGUACCCUCGCUGGUGGCGAUAUCGUCCUGUUGUGCUGUUUCACCGUGCAUCUGGGCAAACUUGGCGGAGAAGGUGAGGUGAUGCUCGGCGGGAGUGGCAGCUGGAACUGUAGCACCGCGCUCGAUCAGGGUUGGCGCGCGCGCCGUGUUCAGCUUGGCUGCUGGCCCUCUACCUAG